AGGUUGAUGCAUAUCGCUCUCUUGCUUUUGUAGUAGAAUUACGAUUAUUGGAUCCCUGAAUUUCAAGAUAUUCCUGUAUUUGGUGCUUCAUAGCCGACGUGUUUGAUUAUAUGCCGAUCAUCGGGAUCAAGAAGUCGGUCAUCGAUCGAUACAUGGGCAGAGUAUAUACUCAAAAAGAGUUCGAGGCUUUGUUAUUCGAUUAUGGCUUAGAGCUCGAUGAAGUGACAAGCGAGAAAGCAGCAGCACAAAAAGAACAAGGUUUGAUAACCGACAAGGAUGUGAAUAAAUUAUGUGACGAGGAAAUAUAUAAAAUAGAAUUGCCAGCAAAUCGUUAUGAUUUGCUCUGUAUUGAAGGUCUUUCGCGUGCCUUGCGGAUAUUCAGAAAUGAGAUGCAGCCACCAACUUAUCAGCGGUGGAGGUCGUCUCAUCCUCGACAUCAAAUAAUUAUUAAGCCUGAAGUUCUGUCGAUACGACCAUUCGUCGUAGGAGCCGUUUUGGUCGGUGUCAAAUUAGAUGCUGAUUCUUAUGCUUCACUGAUUGAUUUGCAAGAUAAAUUACAUCAGAAUUUAUGCCGAAAGAGAACUUUAGUAGCAAUUGGUACUCAUGACUUGGAUACAGUUCAAGGUCCUUUUUAUUACGGAGCAGAGAAACCAGCUGAGUUGAGGUUCAGACCAUUGAAUCAAACAACGGAGUAUACGGCAGAGGAAAUGAUGGUUUUAUAUUCGGGGGAUAGCCAUUUGAAACCAUAUCUUCCGAUUAUUAUUGAUAAGGAGCGAUAUCCGGUAAUUAGAGAUAAAAAUGGGAUUGUAUUGUCUAUGCCUCCCAUUAUCAAUGGAGAACAUUCGAAAAUUCAGCUUAGUACUCGCAAUAUAUUAGUCGAAGUAACAGCCACAGAUCUGGAGAAAGCUAAAAUAGUGCUUAAUACAAUUGUUUCAAUGUUCAGCCAAUAUACAUCAGAUGGGACUGAAGAUGACACUUCGUCCCUUGUUGAGCCAGUGGAAGUUAUUUCAGUCGAUGGUACCAAGCACGAAUAUCCGGAUCUCAGUGAUAGGUCGAUGGUAGUAAGCGUUAAAAGCAUCAACAGAAGAAUUGGACUGAACUUAGAAGCUGCGGAAAUGUGCUCUCUUCUGAAUAAAAUGUCACUUAGAACGCAAUUACAUUCAGAAGAGGAAAGCCAAGAUCUUUUAGAAGUCCGAGUACCUGUAACGAGAACUGAUGUAUUACAUGAAUGUGACGUGGCAGAAGAUGUUGCUAUUGCAUAUGGCUUUAACCGGAUUGAACAAAAGUUUCCAGAAGCUUAUACUACUGGGGAGGCAUUUCCGUUGAAUAAGUUAACAGAUUUGCUCCGAUAUGACAUUGCUGCUGCCGGUUGGACUGAAACAUUGAACUUUGCUUUGUGUAGCCGUGAUGACAUAUCUGUGAAGCUAAGAAAACCGGAUAAUCUCAAGCAUGCCGUCAAAAUAUCGAAUCCAAAGACAUCCGAAUUUCAGGUGGCCAGGACAUCGUUACUUCCUGGUUUAUUAAAAACACUUGCUUCUAAUAAGGAUGUGGCAUUGCCUCUUCGAUUGUUUGAGAUUCAAGAUGUGGUUUUGAAAGAUUUAACUGCAGAUGUAGGCGCAAGAAAUGAGCGUCGCUUGUGUGCUCUGUAUUGCAGUAAAUCAUCAGGCUUUGAGAUAAUACACGGUUUACUGGAUCGAGUUAUGCAGCUUCUUGGAGUAAAAUGGACCAGAGAUGGAACAGGAUAUUAUAUUGCUGCGUUUGACGAUCCCACUUAUCUGGAUGGACGAUGUGCGGAGAUCAUUGGACCAGCUGGGAUUUCCCUAGGUAGAGUUGGUGUCCUCCAUCCAAAUGUGAUAACUGCUUUUGGACUUACACUGCCCGUUUCUGUUAUUGAUAUCAGUAUUGAACCAUUUUUGUGAUAAAAUUUAGUUGAAUCCGAUCAUUUCGGUUAUUUAUCGUUGUUUGCCGUUUCUGAUUUGAUUAUAAAAUGGUUGUUAUUGUUGUCUGAUAAAAAUCAUAUCUCA